AUGUUAUCAUAUGAAAACAAAUUAAUAUUGGCGCCAAUGGUCCGCAUAGGUACUCUACCCAUGCGUCUUUUAGCGUUACGAUAUGGUGCCGAUUUGGUUUACACUGAGGAAUUGAUUGACUGGAAGUUUUUGAGAUCGAAACGUAAAUAUAAUGAUACUUUAAAUACAAUUGAUUAUGUGGACCAAACAGAUGGAACUAUAGUAUUCCGGACUUGUGAUAAAGAAAAAGAAAAAGUCAUAUUACAACUUGGAACAUGCAAUGCAGAAAGAGCAUUAAAAGUGGCUAAGCUAGUAGAAAAUGAUGUAGCUGCAAUUGAUAUAAAUAUGGGCUGUCCAAAGGAAUUUUCUAUCAAAGGUGGUAUGGGUGUAGCUCUUCUAGCACAACCAGAGAAAGCCCACAAUAUUUUAACAACUUUAGUAGAAAAUUUAUCCAUACCUGUUAGUUGCAAGAUAAGGAUACUUGAAACACCAGAAGAUACAUUGAAGGUGGUAGAGAAACUGGUGAGUUCUGGUAUCAAAGCAAUUGCAAUUCAUGGUAGAACGCGUGAUGAAAGACCUCAACAUGCUGUACAUCCAGAUGUAAUAAAGUAUGUUGCAGAAAGGAUUUCCAUACCUGUUAUAGCAAAUGGAGGCUCUAAAGAAAUUGAAAAGCAUCAUCAUAUUCAAGCAUUUAAAGAAAUGACAGGGUGUACAAGUGUGAUGCUAGCAAGGGCUGCUGAGUGGAACUGUUCAAUAUUUAGAAAAGAAGGCUUACUACCAAUGGAUACAGUUAUCAAAGAAUAUCUUAAGCUUGCAGUUGAUUAUGACAAUUCACCUUCUAACACAAAGUACUGUGUACAAAAUAUAUUAAGAGAUUUACAAGAAACUCCUAGAGGGAGAAAAUUUUUAGAUUGUCAAACUUUAGAACAAAUAUGUGACAUAUGGGAAUUAGGAGAAUAUUGUCACGAGAAGCAAUCAAAAUACCAAAAAAUGGGUAUACAAGGUAGAUGGCAGGUUUGCCCUCACGAACUAGAACCACCACAGAAGAGAAUAAAAAUGGCUGAAACUGACCUUGUUGGUGUUAUACAAAUGAAAGUAUGUUUCAUUCGAGCUAAUUUCAAUGAUCGUAAUAUGCCUAAGGCGAAACUCCAUGGAUGGGCAGGAAAAAAUGGCCACAAUCUACCUGUGUAUGAGACUCAGCAAGUUGAAAAAUUAUUUCGCACCAUAUUGACAUUCAAUGACAAGAAAUAUACAUCAACAUUUUGGGAGAAAAAUAAGAAGUUUUCUGAACAAGGUGCAGCUUUAGUCUGCAUGUUUCACAUAGGAUUAGUGACUGAAGAGGAACUGAUUAAAUUUGGAAGUAUAAUAAAAUGA